UUCCCCAUCAUCGGCCACAUGGGCAUCUGCACGUCGACUGGAGUCAUUCGGGACUUCGCCGGGCCGUACUUUGUCUCGGAAGACAACAUGGCAUUUGGGAAGCCAGUGAAGUACUGGAAGCUGGAUCCUAACAAAGUAUACUCCACCGGUCCCAACGCUUGGGACACGGCCGGACACGACGCCUCGGAGGAGUACAAGCACCGAAUGCACAACCUUUGCUGUGACAACUGCCAUUCUCACGUGGCUCUGGCCUUAAACUUGAUGAGAUACGAUAACAGCACCUCCUGGAACAUGGUGAAACUCUGCUUCUUCUCACUCCUGUACGGGAAGUACGUCAGCAUAGGGGGAUUUGUGAAGACCUGGCUUCCCUUUGUCCUCUUCUUGGGGGUGAUCGUGACCGUUGUUCUCACCCUUCACUUGCGGUGAUGGCAGCUGCAAACUCCCUAUUCCAUGGACACACGAAGGAAGAAACUGUGACUGAUCCAGCGAGAUGGAGGCGCGGGACUCUGGGAGGUGUUUUCCAGGGAAGGUGGCAGCUCCGCUCCGUUGUAACAGCUCAUCUUUGUUUCCUGGAACCGGCUUCUUUUCCUUCUGUUUUUGUUCUGUCGAUGGUGUCUCUCAGUGUCAGGGGUCCUGAAGCCUCCUGCUCUCUCCCU